GAUUAGAUGUAAUGGUUUUAACGAGCCACCAAUCGAAGGUGAAUUAUCAGAAAGGAUGACAUUAAAACCAACACAAGUCGAGUAAACACUCAAUCUUUACAGUCAGUGACGUGUGUGUGUUGUUUUUUCCUGCAGCAGGGUUAUUAAAGUUCAUUAUCUGAAAGAGAAAAAAUUAACGUGUGUGUAAAUCAUGUGUGUCCUAACAGAGUGUGUGUGUGUGUGUGUGUGUGUGUGUGUGUGUGUGUGUGUGUGUGUGUGUGUCAGUGACCCUCACAUGAUACGAGGAUUAUGACUUUAGGAUAAUAUAAUAAUCACACACACACACACACACAGGCUGAUGAAGAGUGUGUCUGCCGGAGAGCGUCAGGAUGCCGGAGUUUGAUGUGAUUGUUCUGGGAACCGGACUGAAGGAAUGUGUUUUAUCUGGACUAAUGUCAGUCAACGGAAAGAAGGUCCUUCAUCUGGACUCCAACCCGUAUUAUGGAGGAGAAAGUGCCUCAAUUUCUCCUCUGGAGGAGCUUUAUAAGAAGUUCCAGGUUUCUGUUCCUUCAAAAUCGAUGGGAUGCGGGGAAUUUUGGGUGUGUGAUCUGAUUCCCAAAUUCCUGCUUGCAAACGGUCCUCUGGUGAAGAUGCUGCUGUACACAGAGGUCACACGCUAUCUGGACUUCAAGGUGAUUGAGGACACUUUCGUCUUUAAAGGAGGGAAGAUUCACAAAGUCCCCUGCAGCGAGACCGAGACACACACUUCAGAUCUGAUGGGGAUGUUCGACAAGCGGCGCUUCCGUAAGUUUAUGUCCUUCGUCCUGAACUUCGAGGAGAACGAUCCACGGACGUAUCACGACAUGGACCCGCACAGAACCAUCAUGAGGGACGUGUUUCGCCACUUUGACCUGGGAGACGACGUGGUGGAGGUCAUAGGUCACGCUCUGGCCCUUCACGUCAACGACGAUUACCUGGAGCAGCCGUGUCUGAUGACCAUAAACCGGAUCAAGCUGUACUCAGAGUCUCUGGCCCGGUACAGUCUCAGCCCGUUCCUCUACCCUCUGUUCGGUCUGGGCGAGCUGCCACAGGGCUUCAUCAGGCUCAGCGCUGUCUAUGGGAACAGUUACCUGCUGAACCGGCGGGUGGACGAGAUCCUGCUGGAGGACGGGCGAGUGUGUGCGGUGCGGUCCGAGGGCGAGGUCUUCCGCUGUAAGCAGCUGAUCUGUGACCCGAGCUACGCUCCGGAGCGCGUGAAGAAGAUCGGUCGUGUCAUUCGUGUCAUCUGCUUGCUCAACCACCCGAUCAAGAACACCCACGACGCCAACUCCUGCCAGAUCAUCAUCCCACAGACGCACCUCAACAGGAAGUCAGAUGUCUACGUCUGCUUGCUGUCCUUCGUUCACAACGUGGCGGCGGAAGGCAAGUACCUGGCCGUGGUCAGCACGAUGGUGGAAACCUGUAACCCCGAGAAGGAGGUCCAGCCCGGUCUGGCCCUGCUGGAGCCCAUCAUGGAGAAGUUUGUGAGCGUCAGUAACCUGAUGAUCCCGACGGACGACGGCCGCAGGAGUCAGAUCUUCAUCUCCCGCUCGUACGACCACACGCCUCACUCCCAGACCGAGACGGAGGACAUCUUGGAUCUGUACCGCCGGGUCACGGGCUCUGAGUUCAUCUUCAGAGACCCCCGGGACCCCGACUCCGACGACUGAACCGGACCUCCUUCACCCAAACCACGUCCCUCAGUCCUUGACGUCCAUAGAUUAGCGUGUUUUAUUAUUCCAGUCACAUACAGUUAAUGAGCAGUUUAUAAAGAACAACACUAGAAGGGUGUGGUGAGUAAUACAACGACUCCACUGGAAACUAAUAAUAAACGUCUCAACAGCUUUAUUUCUGUAGCACUUUAAACAAUAUUAAAUAUAUGUUUACAGUGUUGUUUGAGUCAUAGUGUUCUUCUGAACAUCUUUGGUGUUUUAAACGAGUGAAGAAUGACAGGAUGAAGAUUUCUGGCCGAAUUGUCUCUUUAAAGGACAUGACAUGAGAAAUCAGUGUUUUUUUUUUUAUCUUUAGUCUCGAGAGGUCUUUAAGGAUUAAAAUAUAUAGCUUAAAACCUCCUGCUGAAUUAUUAACUUAGCAUUUAUUAAAUCAAGCUCCAGAGUCACGAAGAAUCGUUUGUUGAAAGAUGAAGCAGAACUAGAUCUGGAUCACAAACCAUAAGUCGAUUAUUUAAUAAUGUUUCUCCUGGAAAUAACCGUUGUGUUCUGAACCUUUUUUAGAAAAAACAUUAUUAGCAUUAUAAAUACACCUAAAGAAAUUCAUAACAAAUCUUUUUAAAAAUCCAUGUCAUGACCUCUCAAAGACUGCAGUGGAUCUCAUUAAAACACACAUUUCUGUGUUUUCCAGCACCUUCCACACACUUGACACAGACGUUCUAGCUACGUUCAGAUCUGAUUAUUUGUGUCCGACUAGAAUCUGAUUUAAAUGAUGGACUGUGUAUGGAAAAUGUUCUGAUCAUGGCCCAUGUCUGCGUUUGCUUCUGAGAGAAAGUCAGACGGUUAGUCUGGAGUUGUGUUUGUGUGCUAGCUGACACGAGUGUGUGUGUGGAGCUAAUAAAGACACAAGAGGAGUGUGUGUCUGAUCACACAUGAGCUCAGAUUAACCCGUUAUCAGAGGACAGAUUAACUGCCUCCAUCUGGGACACACACACACACACACACACGUUAAUCCUCUCAUCUGUGUUUAUUCACUCUACACACACACACACACACACACACACACACA